AUGCUUCGCCUGCAAAGGUGUGUCUGGUUAUUUGUGGUAUUAUGGCUUGCGGAGCAGCAGAAUGUUCGCUCGUCAGAGGCACCAGCAGAAAACUUUGAUACUUCAGAGUUGAAACUUUCAGGCGAAUUUCCAGUUGAUACACUGGGUAAAUUGCACGCAGAAGCGGCUGCGCAACAGGAGAUAACGGCGAGCAAGAUGGCGGUGCGAAUACUCUCCAAGAAGCAGACCCACCUAAUUGCAUUAUUUGUGCUCUUCCUAAUCCUAAUGAAAGUAAUUUCUGUUCGUAUGCAAAAGGAACGUAAGAAGGCGGAAGAGGAACGUCUCAAGGUCCCGCCAAAGGCUGAAACCGAACCAGCAAGUCCACCACCGCAGGUACCUCCUGUGCCCAAGGCACAGCCGGAGCACAAACCAGCAUGGUUUCCAGGCCCACUAAAGGAUGCCUUAGAUAGGCGGGUAACACGUGGGCGAAAGACUAAAAAACAGGGCCGGAAGGACAAGGCUCCGGAAGUGCCCCCUACAGUAGUUCCAGCACCUGGCGCUCCAGGUGUGGAACAUCCAGUUCCUCCACAGUUUGAAGGUGAGCAACCUUACGGAGGGCCAGCUUAUGCUCCUGCCCCAAUAAUUGAGGACGACGACGAGAUGCGAGAAUUGAAGGCUCGGAUGGUCGUUGUCAACAAAUUGGUAGAAGUGGCGGUUAGGCUGGGGGAUGAGUUGCCGCCGGGGGAGGCACAAAGUAUUAUAGAUGCAUUGAAGGCGGAUGCAGCGGUUGCUGAUCAGGAGGAAAGAAACUACGAUGUUGCAAAAGCCCAUGGGGAUCCAAAUUUUGAAUCAGUUCGGAAUCAUACUGCGAAUGUAUUGACAACAUCCUUGGAGAAAGUUCGCAGUGCGCUCGUACAGUUGUCUAAUCUGGCAAGACAACAUGGUGAAGAACUGCAUGCGUCCUGUUCUACUGAUGUCACUUUUACAAACGUCAAGGAGUUAGAAGAGCCUCUGAAAGAGAGCUUGGAUGCACCACCGGUCGCAUCGUGCAUCGCGACGCUCUCGUCUCUGGGAAACUCCUCUAUUACUCUGCAACAGGAGAGUGAGGACAGCGCGAGUCAACUGCGUUCUUUAAAAUUCGUGGACGAAUGCGACGCAGAUAAUUUUGUCCGCUUCUACUCAGCCAUUUCUACCCUGAAUCACAGGAGGAGUACCUUGAAGCGGUUGUCUGACCUGGACAAAGAGGUGAAGGGAUUUCUUUUAGGUAUGCACAAGGCUUUUUUAAAGGCAAAAUUCCAGGGAGAACGCAUACCGAUUGGCAUGCAGGGAAACUUCGUGCAGGGAAUUCAUACUGUAUUGGUGAAGAGUCGCCCAACAUCUGAGGGUAAAUCAGGUUCUGGAUUAAAGAAGGCAGAAUUGAGCAAAUUCAGUGCAUUAUUUUCUGAGCAAACUAAGGAACUUCGUUCGCUGGAUACUGCUGAGAACAUAGAGGGUGCUACAAAAGCAUAUAAACGCUUACAGGAACUUAACGGAACGCUCAAGUCCUUACUAGAUGAGCAAGUCGCGAAGAUUAGUGCAGUUUUGCUUCAGGAGCCUUUGAGCAAAGAGGAGGCAACCAGUGCGGCUUCCAACAUGCAGAAGAUUGGCGGUACUGUCGCUUCGGUCGCCGAUGAAUUCUCUCGUGCAGCAAAUUAUGCUCUUGAACUAGCUAGCAGCAAAACUGAAGAUGUUGGCGCUGGAUUGCUGCAAAAGCUGACAAAGUCCAAGACAACUGUUGAUCUUGCAAGCGAUGAUCUCAGUGUGGCAGACGCUGUGAAGGCCGCAUUUACCGAGAUGAGCCGCCAGUUGAAAACGGAGGCGAAGCGUCUUUCUUCAAGGGCCCAUGAAAUAGUCGAAACUAAUAAGAAGGAAGUAAAGUACAGGCUGGAUGGCCGUGGACUCGAAUCGACUGCAUUGAGCAAUAAAACUGCCCUUAAAACUGAGGCGGCGCAGAAAACAGGAGAUGCAAAGCUUUUGGACAAGCAACUGCUGUAUUUGAGGGCCUUAUCCAGGGAAAUUGGAAGUGCUGACUCCACGCUACGCGCUGUAUCGACCUUUAAUUUCCGGUUUGAUUCGCAAUACAACACCGAACUGAGCAAACUGAAGGACACAUUGGAGGCUGAAAAGACUACGGCGAGAGAAACUCAGAGCAUAGAAGCGAUAGCUGAAACCAUAGUGACGAUACAGUCAAUCGCUUUACAGAUGAGGAAGACACUUGAAAGCGAGCGAUGCGAGCAGCUUUCGGCGGAUAUCAGCAAAGCGCGCGCUAAUCUUCAUGAUGCAGGACGACAGUAG